AGUGUUGACUGGACACCAGACUUGCUGCACCGCCAGGAAAGAAUAUAUUUUGGUUUCCAAGAUGUUGUUCCCCACUGGAGUGUUGUUUUUUGGUCUGCUGCCGUUCAGCCAGCUGGCCGUAGACACUAGCGACCAAUGUACCGUUGUGGAAGGGAAGGAUUUUCACACAUCCAUGAACGCCGAUGUCUUGAGUUACAUCACACCCGAUAGUCCUCUAUAUAUACAUUUAUCAUUUCAAAAUCAUGAUUACUUUUAUCAUCGAGAUAUUUUAGAGACGAACAACCAUCACACCACGCAUUACAAAACUCGAAAAAAUACACACUCCAACAUUACUUAUUCGUUGCCCAUCGUCAUCCCCGAGGGCUGGAACAGGCUGAAGGUGAGGGCCAUAGACAAAAAAAUAACUUUGCAGUGGACCAACGGGAAUGACGAAGUGUCCUUACUCGCCCUGACUCUGGAUUUGCUGCUUGCUAAAGUCUUCCUUCGGGGCAAUUUUGCAGUCUGUUCUGGAGAUUCGCCUGAAUGGGAUGUGAAGGAAAGCAAUGUGACUAUUCAACUCCAACCACUGCAAAGCAAUCAGUUGCUGGAGGUGACAGGGAAUGGCAGCUUGAUUGUAGAUCACAAGACUUCGCCUGAGUCUCGAAAAGAAUUCGCCAACACUACUCUCAGAAUAAAAACUUGGCAGAAAGACUCGCACUCUAUAAUCAACAUCAAUGAAAAAGAUGAAGGCGACCAAGGGACUAACAUGACCAAUAAAAUACCAAGGCCCCACCUGACUGUGAGAAGUAAGGGGGGUGUGACUCACCUCCGCCUGUACCUGUCUGAUGGUGUUAACUGUGAAAAUGAGUCAGAUAUACUCCAAGGCUUUAAUACCGUAGUGACAUACAUCACAAUUGUAUCCGGUAUUGCUUUAAUGUGCACUUGCGUCUUUAAUAUUGUGGUAUAUUCCUCGGCGAAAAUGACUGAAAGACAGACUGGCCAAAACCGAAAGGAAGAUCAUCAGAAACUCGGCCUUUCCUUACGUAGAUUGCUUGGGUAAGUCUAUCAAAAAUAGAUCCACGUCAACAUAGAAACUAUGAAGGCAACGAACACAGGCAACGGUGUCAGAAAACCGCAGCCAUACAUCUACAAUGGAACACCUUCAAAACAAGCCCGCGUAGAUCAAACCACUUCCAGGACUGAAGACCUCUUGUUUUUGAUGAGUAUUGCGCUGCUCGGCCCUCGGCAUAUACAAAUGAUGAAACACUGGUGACCUAUAAUACUCCCCAUCAAGGAAUAAAUCUCCAAACUCUUCCACUUUGCUGCUGUGUUUACGUCUUGACCACAGUGCUGGAGCAGGGGACUGAUGUGUACGAUAACUUCUCCCAGGGAUACGGUCGUCUGGCACCACCGACGUCCGACGGUGUCCUCAGCACUGUCCUGUUCAGCGUGAAGUCAAAAAUGUUUGGCCUUGCGGUGACGCUACUGAAAACGCCUUUACGUGCAUGGUUUAAUGGAGUAACACUUCAGAAACGCAGUAAUAGGCAAGCGUACUUAAGUCGAGACAAACUCAAGAUACUAAUACUUCAUUAUGUCCCUCUGAUGAUGAGAACAAAUACGAAGACGUAGCAAAUUUCAGUUUCACCUUAACGUAUAAAAAACACAAGUAGUUUGUAUCGUUAUAGAACAAUGCGUGUAUUCAAUCUGUACACUAAAAAGAUUUUUAUUUGCAGUUAGUCUAUCAGUAAAGCUUCAGCUGAACCACAUAUUAUCGUGGAAGCAGAUAACCAUGACCACCACAGUAUUAGGGGAAACUCUCUUUGCAUAGUUAACUCAAGACCACACCAAAUGAUUCCUUUCUGAGUGAGUGACUGUCAACAAAUGGUAUUAGAUAGGAUGAUAUUCAAUAAAUGAUGUUACCUAGAUAGCAUGACCUUGCAAGGUACAGAUGUUCAUAGUAUACUGUAUGUCCAAAUAAUUUCAUGAUGAUAGCUUCUAAACUGAUUCUGCUUUGGAAUGAUUGCAAUUCAACUUUUCUCAUGCAAACAUGCACUGUUGCUCGCUUGAAAUUUGUUUAGUGCAAUGCAACUAUCUAAAGUAUUGAAUCUCAUUGGAUAUGUAUCACACAGACACGAACAAAUUAACAAUACCUAGCAUUAAUUAAACAUUAAAAUAUUAUCCAUUAACUCUAGUUAGUACUCACGCAGAUAAUUUUAAUUAUUUUCACUUGUCACCGAGCUGUGUCCCUAAGGAAAUGAAAAAUUCCAAGGUGAAAAAAAACAUAAGUAAAUAAAUAAUUAAGUAAAUAAGUAAAUGAGCGUGACAAAAUGUAGUCUAUUUUGCAAAAUUUGCUGUACUUUUUCUUCAUAAAUGUACUAAUAUACUUUUCUUUCAAUUAUUGUUAUGAUAUGAAACACCAGAAAA